AUGCAACCGUAUCCAGGUAUGGAAUACCCAUUUAUGAAUAUGAACGCUUCACCAUUUUAUACAGGGUUCCCAAUGCAACGAUUUCCUCAAAUGCCAAUAAUACCACCUAAUAGACAAUUUCCACCAUAUGUAAUUCCAGAACAAAAUUACCAAAACAGUUAUUUUACUGAUGUGUAUCAAAAUAAUUUACAAGAUGAAAUGAUGAAUAUUAGUGAUUUAAUUGAUAAUUAUCCAUAUGUUUCAAUGGAUACAGAAUUUCCAGGAUUUUCAAGUAGAACAUCUUGCAAUAUGCAAGAUUCAGUAGAUCCAGAUGAACAUUAUUCAUUUUUAAAAGGAAAUGUAGAUGAAUUAAAAAUUAUUCAAGUUGGUAUUACAUUACAAAAUAAAAAAGGACAAUAUCCAGAUGGUGUUAGAACAUGGCAAUUUAAUUUUCAAUUUGAUACUGAUAAAGAUGAGUCAUCUGUUGAUUCUAUUCAAUUAUUACAAAAAGCAGGUAUUAAUUUUGGUAAAUUUAAAAAUGCAGGUAUUUCAGCUGAAGAUUUCGGAGAGGCUAUAAUGGCAUCUGGAUUAGUUUUAAAUGAAAAUACACAUUGGUUAACGUUUCAUAGUGGAUAUGAUUUUGGAUAUAUGCUUAAAUUAUUAACAUGUGAAAAAUUACCUUCUAAUGUUGAUGGAUUCAUAAAAAAAUUAAGAAUCUUCUUUCCUAAUAUUAUUGAUCUUAAAUAUGUUACUAAUCAAAUUAGUCAAACUUAUCAUGGUAGUUUACAGGCAAUUGCUUCUAGUUUAGGAGUUCAAAGAAUUGGUACAAUGCAUCAAGCUGGUUCAGAUAGUUUAAUUACAGGAGGACUUUAUUUUAAAUUAAAAGAAAAACAUCCAGAGUUUGAUGAUGAAAAAUUUAAUGGUAUAUUAUUUGGUUUAAAUGAUGAAUAUGAAUAA